GCCGCCUCCUCCAGGAUGGCCAGUUGCAGGGACUUCACGGCGCACACGGGCUACGAGGUGCUGUUGCAGCGGCUGCUGGAUGGCCGGAAGAUGUGCAAGGACGUGGAGGAGCUGCUGCGGCAGAGGGCGCAAGCAGAGGAGCGCUACGGGAAGGAGCUGGUGCAGAUCGCCCGGAAGGCGGGCGGCCAGACUGAGAUCAACUCCCUGAGGGCCUCCUUUGACUCCCUGAAGCAACAAAUGGAGAACGUGGGCAGCGCGCACAUCCAGCUGGCCCUGACGCUGCGCGAGGAGCUGCGGAGCCUCGAGGAGUUCCGCGAGCGGCAGAAAGAGCAGAGGAAGAAGUAUGAGGCCGUCAUGGACCGGGUCCAGAAGAGCAAGCUGUCACUCUACAAGAAGACCAUGGAGUCCAAGAAAACGUAUGAGCAGAAGUGCCGGGACGCAGACGAUGCAGAGCAGGCUUUCGAGCGCAUCAGUGCCAACGGCCACCAGAAACAAGUGGAGAAGAGCCAGAACAAAGCCAAGCAGUGCAAGGACUCGGCCACGGAGGCAGAGCGGGUGUACAGGCAGAACAUUGAGCAGCUGGAGAAGGUGCGGGGCGAGUGGGAGCAGGAGCACCGGACCACCUGUGAGGCCUUUCAGCUUCAGGAGUCUGACCGGCUGACCAUCCUCCGCAAUGCACUAUGGGUGCACUGCAACCAGCUCUCCAUGCAGUGCGUCAAGGAUGACGAGCUCUACGAGGAAGUGCGGCUAACACUGGAAGGCUGCAGUGUAGAUGCUGACAUCGACGGCUUCAUCCAUGCCAAGAGCACAGGCACCGAGCCCCCAGCUCCGGUGCCCUACCAGAACUACUACGACCGGGAAGUGGCCCCUAUGUCUGGCAGCCCCGGCAUCCAGCCAUCCUGCGGCAUGAUAAAGAGGUUCUCUGGCCUACUACACGGAAGUCCCAAGACCACCUCUUUGGCAACUCCUGCUGUCUCUACAGAGACCCUGACCUCCACCCCUGAGCGCAUGGAGGGCGUCUAUGCCGCCAUUGCCGUGCAGGAGACACCGGGGAACCCCAGUGCACCACCCCUGGGCUACCGCGCGCUCUACGACUACACAGCCCAGAAUCCCGACGAGCUGGACAUGUCUGCAGGAGAUAUCCUGGAGGUCAUCCUGGAAGGGGAGGAUGGCUGGUGGACGGUGGAGAGGAAUGGGCAGCAGGGGUUUGUCCCUGGUUCCUACCUGGAGAAGCUCUGAGGAAGGGGCAGCACCCAUGGGGCCCCACCUGCCUGUGGAGUCAGGAAUGCUCUCUGCUCCAGGGAAGGGACAGUGUUGGUGCCCCCCAGGAGUGUCUCCUAUGGAAUAAAGGAGUGUGUUCUUUCCUCCUGG